UAUUACUCCGAAACUAAGGCCUAUUCAAUCAAACGCCGGGACACGUAUCUCUUUUUUUCAUCUGCAGAAUAACCAAAAAAAUUGGCAUCGAAAUCCCAGGGUGAGUUACCUGAGCUUCCCCCUUGUGAGUUGCUUUCGUAAAAUGUAAUCGGGCAUUGUCAUGAAGCAGGAUCACUUUACAACGUCCUUGGCCAGUAAAUGGCCUCUUUUCUUCUAACGUGUCACUCAAAUUGGUCAAUUAUUGUUGAUAGCGGUCUACCGUGCUUGUUUCACCAUUGUUUCACGCUAAACCGCGUGGCAUUUUGACAGGCUAAAUGUCAACGCUUUAAAAUCGCAAAGGGACGGGAAGAUAUAUAAAAUUGAAAUUGUUGUUUCGGUUGUAUGAGAUCUAAAGCUUAGAACUUUUUUGCGCACCUAAUACAUAGAGCGAGGCAAACUGAUUCGAAAAGUCUUACGUCAUUUUGCAAAAUUCUCAAUAGUUUUUACGUAAAAACUGUAGAUAACUUUUGGAAAUUUCAAUCCCGCGCGAAACACAAAAUUUUGAAAAUUUACCCAUGUGAAACUGUAUGACAACAGUGUCGUCCCGAAAACAGAAAAUACGAGGGGUGGACCUCCCGUGGAAAGUCGAAAACUUAUGUGGAACCAUUGAACUAAUUCAAGUUGGUAACUUUUUAAUAAACAACAAACGACUGCUGAAACCUCUUGGAGGUUUCUUAGCAUAAUACAACAACGUAGGUCAAUGUCAUUGGGGCGGAGUUCCCUCUUUUCGAUUUUUCCCUCAAUUUAUCGCAUAUAAUCCGAUAAAAAUUCGUAACGAAGCCGCCCGCGCGAAUAGAAUUCUUCUACGGCCCCGUUGGGGAGGCAAGUUUACGCAUUUAAUUGAAAGCGACAUGGGGAGGGGGGCGUGGGGCGACGUUUAUAUAUAAUAUAAUUGUAGAAUUGUAAAAACAAGUGGAAGGGUUUGUAAAAAAAAAGGUAACGAUAACAGAGCCGCCGGUAGCCGGCCUUCCGGCGACGGCCGAAUGAAGACGAUGACUGAAGUAAACGUAAGCCUACGGAAACGUCCGCUGAUCCUUCUGAAACAGGUGAUUAAGAUCUGACAUUAUUUCUCUUUCAUAACGCCUCAUCAUCUCUCAUCAACGAUCAAGUUAACAAUCACUCUCAUCGACACACUCUGGCUUUCCGCAAUUUUCGAGGAAUUAAUUUUUCACGCAUCCUCCAUCGAUAUUCUUUUCUCUUUUUUUUUCUUUCAAGUACUUUCUUUCUCGAGUCGUCAUCAUACGCAUUCGCCACAUUCGCAAUACUUUCUUCCUGAAACAGGAAAGAUGCCUCCUCCCCCCGCCAGUCAUGCGUCUUUUGGAACGUAGCCCCCUCUCCUUUCGAAUGUCUCACGUGUUCUCUUCCGCAAUAAUUUUUGUUUUAUAUGGGACAUCUUGUAGAAGGAAGCGAGAAAUAAUGCGGUAAAUGCCGAUCGGUAUUUGUCAAGUUAUUUCUGCUGUGAAAGAUACAACGUUUGCUCCGCGUGUAUUCGCUCACGAAGCUUCGUCGAGACACUCCGUGAUACGGCGAGGCUUGGAUACAAUUGAACUCGUUAGUUUCUCGUCGCGAUCUCCUCGAUCCUUCUCAUUCCCCAGAAGAACGAAAACUCGACGAGGAGUUCCCUGGGAUUGUUAAUUUAACGCUGGUCGCUUCGCCAAGCCAAGUUCUGUCUCCCGCGCUGAAAGUCACACACGUGGCCCGACGCUUCCCUUAACGUUUGAUAAUCACCCUUUGCCAUAAAAGUCCGCGGCCAGUUAACAAGUUCUCACAGAUAUCACCGGCAGCGGAUGAGAUUGCAGGCGUAUUUUUCGCGCGUUCGCUAUCCUAAUCACGGCGAGAGCCACGGAGCUGUGCUAUCAACGAUUUCGGGAAAUGAGAGUUUGUUCGCCAUUCGAAAAGAAAGAAAAGACAAACAAUUGCACACACACUGUGUACCACGGCGGUGCUUGUCGUUUCCGUUUCCUCGCCCAUUCACGUCACGUCUUGGGAGUACAGUAGGACCAGCCAGUUGAGAGACACCAGAGGGUUGCAAAUUGGAAUCCUGGAUGAAUAUAUAUAUGUGGAUAGUUGAUGUCCGUGAACGUUACAUCUCUUGGAUGGAACAAAAGAGACGAACGAGCAAGUGUUGGCAAGUCUUUGAGAUGCAAGUGGUGGAAGGACGCGAAAGAGCGAACGAGCGAAGAGAGAGAGAGAAAGAAAGAAAGAGAGGUGAAAGGAUCUGGAGAAAUGAUGAUGAUGAUGAUGAUGAUAAUGAUGGUGAUGAUGAUGAUAAUGAUGAUGAUGAUGAUGAUGCACUGCGCCGAGAGAAGUUGCUAGACAAGUGUGGAGCGAGUGCUUUUCUGAAAGCGUGGGGGAAUUUUUUUCAUUGCGAGAGCGUACGUCGCGAUCUGCGGCGGUGGUUGAUCGCAAAUUAAUCUACGCUUGCUCUCGCAGAGGAAGAGAGAGUGAUAACUCCUGAGGCAGACGCGGACGUAAACUUACGUUUGGAAAAGUCUACUUAAAUUCGGAGAGGUCUACUGGCCUGGAGAUGUUAACCGAUGACAAGCUGCGGCAGGAUAGUGCGCGAGCGAUCGAAAUUCGAUUAUCUGUUGAACAUCGCAUGUAAGGACUUUCACAAUAUAAUGCCGAAUAUUCGACGAACAUUUAAAGACAAACGUCGACUCACAAAUGAAGCCGCAUAUUAUAUAUUAUAUUAUGAAUAUUAUAUUGGAAACGUUCUAAUCUAAUUUUCUUGUGUAUGUUUUGUGUCCGUUUAUAUGUAUGCAUAAAAUUUAGGAACUUUUUAAAUAACACUCGAAAAUUCAAUUAA